AUGAGUCCCACGUCACUCCGCCCGAUCAACGACUCCUUAUUAUCCUGUCGACUACCUGUCGCAUUCCUGGGUGCAGCCGCGUCGCACGGACCAGAGGCUGGCACGGCGGUGCUAACAAGGCUCAGGACGAGGUUCUUCUUGCGCCUUGCUCUAUGAUAUCCUCUGGCUCGCCGUCCAUAGGCCCCUUUAUGCCAUGUCUUGCGGGCCUGGGGUGUAUCUCCAGGUGAUAUGGUAUCUGCACCAGCAGCUGUACGUAUCUGAAACAACACAAUUGGCACGGAUGGAUCCCUUUGAUUUCUCCAUGUAGUCCUUGUCCGGCGACGGAAGUAGCGAAGUAAUGCAUCGCGGGGCAGCUCCAGAGGCAGGGGAGGGAA